AUGUGGCAGGGCGACUCCAACUGGGGCCAGUGGCCCAGCUCCCAGCAGCAGUGGAUCCAGUCGUACAGCGCCAGCGAUGAGGGCGGCGAGGUGGACUGGGCGGCGCUGGCCCAGGCUUGGAUCGCCCACAAGCAGACGGAGGGCGACACCAGCACCGGCGCGAAUCUCGGCGGCACCGCCCGUCCCCCGCUGCAGCAGCAGCAGCUGCCCACCGCUCACCGCCAGCGUCCGUUCAACGGCCCCGACGGAGACCCCGAGGAGAACCUGGCGGAGUACGACAAGGCGUACGGAGCCUGGCAGCCAGGUUGGCCCGUUCCGCCUCAGCAGUGGCCUCACCAUCCCCUGCCUCCUCCGCCAACCCCUCCGGCACCGCCGCCACCACCACCACGGCACCACCAGCACCCUCACCACCUCCACCCUCACCACCCUCACCACCCCCCUCACCACCCUCACCAGCAGCAGCAGCAGCAGCAGCCGCCUCACCACGCUCGCCAGGACAACUCCAUCUCCGCAGACGAACCACCGCCCCACCAUCAGCAGCAGCAGCACCACCCUCACCACCCCCCUCACCACCCUCACCAGCACCCUCACCACCAGCACCCUCACCACCCGCCGAUGCCGCCGUCACACCACCACCACCACCACCAUCAGGAGCAGCAGCAGCAGCACAACGCAGCGCAGUACCCGGGGCAUUUCCCUGCCCCCGGAGUUGCCUUCUUGCCACCAGCAACACAGUUCGACUACCAGCAGCACGGCUUUGCGUCUCCUCCGGCUGCGUUCCCGGGCCCCUACGAGGCGUGGGCCCCUCCCCUGCGGGGGAAGGGUCACCGAGACCACCGCUCACCACAACGCUCGCCACCACCACCACCACCGUCGUCGCUUCCUCACCACCACCACCACGAGCCCACGCCACUCGACACGGCAAAGCGCCGCGCCCUGCCGGCGUGGAUCCGCGAGGGGCUCGAGAAGAUGGACCGCGAGCGCCAGCGGCAGCUGGACCGGGAGCAGGAGCAGCAGCAGCAGCAGCAGCAGCGGAGGCAGCAGCAGAGGAAGAGGAGGAGGAGGUUGGGGAACAGCAGCGGCGGGGAGGGGGACGAGGAGGAGGAGGAGAGAGACGAGGAGGACGAGGAGGUGGAGUUGUCUCCUGGGGGGUCGACCCUGCUGAGGCCCACGCUCAGGAAAAGCAAAUUUGAGAGUGACGAAGAUGACCCCGGGGAGCCCGAGGACCCUGGGGGCGGGGCCAGUGGCCCCGGGGGGCGGAGCCACAGCGCGAGCCCCGCCCACUCGCCGCCCACCGACCAAUCAGAGCGCGAGGCGGAGGCGGAGCUUACGGAGGAGGAGAGGAAGCUGUUGGUGGUGUCGAUGAUGAAGACGCUGCUGACGGAGCUGCUGCUGGAGGUGACGAGUGACGAGAUGGCCGCCGUGGCGAGGCAGGCGCACUACCGAGCGUCACGUGCCCCCGCCAAGCAAUUGGUGCAGUCCACUGCUCUCGCUUCCAUCGCCGCCCUCGGAGGGCUGGGAGCCUACGCCUCGGACAGCGACGUCUCGGACAUCGGAGGCGACGAGGACGACGACAACCACCACCACCUUGCCGGUGACGGUGGCGGUGGCGGUGGUGGUGGUGGUGACGGUGACAAACGGAGGUGGUCCGGAGCUGCUCCGGCGGUGGCGGCGAUGUCGGCGGCACGUGCCGGCAGGGGAGGCGGCGAUCACGACGAGGAGGAGGAGGAUGAGGAGGAUGAGGAGGAGGAGACUGACGACGAGACGCUGCAGGCGCGCAUCCACGACAAGCAGGAAGCCUUCAGGAAGCGCGAAGCCGCUCAGCAGCAGGGCAGCGACUCGGACGGCCAUGACAGGAUACAGGACCCCGUGCGGCCCGCCCCUUCGCGUGGGGGCGGCGACAGCCCCCCCUCCCCCUCGCCCCUCCCCCCCCUCCCGCCGUCGUCGUGCCGACCGGAGGCCGACGAGGCCGAGAAGCCUUGCGGCGGCCGGCGCAGCCGUUGGGACAACCAGGAGAAGCCUGACGCGAAGGCCGCCGCCGCCAAGGAGACGACCGCCACCGCCGGCGUGACGACCGCGGCCGGCGUCGACUCCUCCGGCGUCCCCUCGGCGGCCGCCCCCCCCUCCCGGCGGUCGCCGGAGCCGCGUCCUCGCCUCGCGGCGGCGAGGACGACGAGGACGGGGGGGGGCACGGAGGAGGCGACGGAGACGGAGGAAGAGGCGGCGGCUCUGGGCCCCGACAAGGCGAAGCGGCGACGUCGGAAACAGCGGCGGCGUCGGCGCGGCAGCAGCAGCAGCAGCAGCGGGAGCGGCGGAAGCGGCGGGAGCAGUAGCAGCAGCAGCGGUAGUGACAGCGACAGUGAAGACGAGGAGCGGGGAUCGCAGUCGGGAAAGAAACGCCGCAAGAAGAGGAGGAGGAAGAGCCGGCGCGGCGCUCGCGACGACUCCGCCCCCGACGCCUCCGGGAAACGGCGAAAAGUUCGGAGCCCCGAACGUCGGAGCCCCGAACGCCGGGAGAGGCAGCGGGAGCGGGAGAGGGAGAGGGAGCGGACGGGGAAAAGCGCGGGGGGCGUCGCGAAGAGGGAGGCGAGGAGGAGGAGGGGCAGCCGCAGCCGGAGCCGCAGCCGCGAGCGGAGGGACGGAGAUUUUGGAGGGAGGCGCCAUUCCCGGUCGGGGCGCCGCAACGCCGGCAGCCCCACGGAUGGGAAGGGAAGGAGCCGCAAGAGGGACGAGAGGGACAGGGGGGACAGGGGGGACAGGGACAGGGGGGACAGGGACAGGGACAGGGGGGAGAGGGAGAGGGGGGAGAGGGAUAGGGGGGAGAGGGACAGGGACGGGGAUAGGGGGUUGCAGAGGGACAGAGGGGAGAGGGACAGGGGGGAAAGGGACAAGGCUCGCCACAAGGGUGGGGGGGCGGAUAGGGAGAGUGAGCGGGCGAGGACGAGGGAGAGAGACAGAGGAGACGGGGGUAGCGGUAGGGACAGGGACAAGGACAGGGACAGGGACAAGGACAGGGACAAGGCCAAACGGAGCAGCAGCAGCCGCCCGUCGGCAGAGCCGCCCGCCAAACCCACCGACCGCCGCCCGUCCGGCAAGAAGCCACCGCCCUCCCCGGCCACCACUGCCGCCCCCGGCAAGCGCGCCGUGGGCAACGGCGGCGAGCGAAACGAGCGGAAAGAACGGAAGGAACGGAGCGACGGCAGCAGCGGCAGCAGCAGCAGCUCAGAGGGCCACGACCGGGAGAGGCGGAAGGCGUCCCGCAAGGCGUCGGCGUCGAGCGCGAAGAAGAGGAAGAAGAGGAAGGAGCAGGACGAGGAGGAGGAGGGAGCUCCGGCGAUUGCGGUACCGGCGGCUGCGACGGAGCUGCCCGCCGGCGAGAGAGGGAGGCACCGGUCUGGUAAGACGGCGGAGGCGGCGAAUGCCAAGCGGGAGUCUGAGUCCUCGUGAAGGCUUCUGCUGCCACUGAUGCUGCCUGCCGCCACUGGCGAUGACGACGAAGAUGAUGACGACGAUGAUGGCGACGACGAUGACGACGACGACGAUGAUGACGAUGUGGAGGCUCAGCUGAUGACGAAGACAAAGAAGACGACGACGACGAUGCGGCUACAGCUGAUGAGGAAGACGACGGUGGUGAUGGUGGUCGUCAUAGCGACUGAUGAUGAUGAGGAGGAGGAGGUGAAGGAGGUGUUGCAGGAACACGCCAGUGGGCACCCAUAGGGGGGUGCACACACAGACACACGCACACACACAGACACAUAGACAUACACACACACAGACACACACACACACAGACACACGCACACACACAGACACAUAGACAUACAGACACACACAUACAUAGACACACACAGACACAUAGACAUACACACACACAGACACAUAGACAUACACACACACAGACACACACACACACAGACACACGCACACACACAGACACAUAGACAUACAGACACACCAUACAUAGACACACACAGACACAUAGACAUACACACACACAGACACAUAGACAUACACACACACAGACACACACACACACAGACACACGCACACACACAGACACAUAGACAUACAGACACACACAUACAUAGACACACACAGACACAUAGACAUACACACACACAGACACAUAGACAUACACACACACAGACACAUAGACAUACACACACACAGACACAUAGACAUACACACACACAGACACAUAGACAUACACACACACAGACACAUAGACAUACACACACACAGACACACACACACACAGACACACGCACACACACAGACACAUAGACAUACAGACACACACAUACAUAGACACACACAGACACAUAGACAUACACACACACAGACACAUAAAACAUACACACACACAGACACACACACACACAGACACACGCACACACACAGACACAUAGACAUACAGACACACACAUACAUAGACACACACAGACACAUAGACAUACACACACACAGACACAUAGACAUACACACACACAGACACA